GACGACAGCAACCUGCUUCUUCCGCGGAUGCCCCAGGGUGCAAGUUUCAGAGCCACUUGGGGCUUGCCAAACGGUCCACGGGGCGUGGGAGAUUCCGACUACUAAUUGAAUAGUGCUGUGUAGGGUACCGGUAGGUGGCCCGGCUUGCCACUUGUGACGAUUGAUGGGGCGGGAUGAAUGGAUGAAAUCGAAAGGUCCGUUGCGUAAAUUCACCGCCCCCCACUUCUUUCUGGGCUUUGUCGCCCCGCCUCAAACAAAUUCAUUCCGCCAACUACUCCUUUCACACCUACAACUACCCAACAAAAGACACUUGUGAAUUCGGCUCCCACAGAAACCUUCGCCAUGCCUAACUCUCUCGAUCAACUGAAGGCCACCGGCACGACUGUUGUCUGCGACUCUGGCGACUUCGCCACCAUCGACAAGUACAAGCCCCAGGAUGCGACAACGAACCCGUCCCUGAUCCUGGCCGCCUCCAAGAAGGAGGAGUACGCCAAGCUCAUUGACGCUGCCGUAGAGUACGGCAAACAGCACGGCAGCACCAUCGACGAGCGGGUGGACGCCGCGCUGGACAACCUGCUGGUGCAGUUUGGAAAGGAGAUCCUGAAGAUUAUUCCCGGAAAGGUGUCGACCGAGGUGGAUGCGCGGUUCUCGUUUGACACGGAGGCGUCAGUGAACAAGGCGCUUCGCAUCAUUGAGCUCUACAAGGAGGUCGGCGUACCCAAGGAGCGCGUGCUCAUCAAGGUCGCGUCGACGUGGGAGGGCAUCAAAGCCGCCGAGAUACUGCAGUCGCAGCACGGCAUCAACUGCAACCUGACGCUCAUGUUCUCGCUGGUGCAGGCCAUCGCCGCCGCCGAGGCCGGCGCAUUCCUCAUCUCGCCCUUUGUCGGCCGCAUCCUUGAUUGGUACAAGGCGGCGACCAAGAAGGAGUACACUGCGCAGGAGGACCCGGGGGUGAAGAGCGUGCAGAGCAUCUUCAACUACUACAAGAAGUUUGGGUACAAGACGAUUGUCAUGGGCGCGUCGUUCCGCAACACUGGCGAGAUCACGGAGCUGGCUGGUUGCGACUAUCUGACGAUUGCGCCCAACCUGCUGGAGCAGCUCUACAACUCCCAGGAGCCGGUACCCAAGAAGCUGGACGCGUCGCAAGCCGGGUCGCUGGACAUUGAGAGGAAGAGCUACAUCAACAACGAGGCCGAGUUCCGCUUCGCCUUCAACGAGGAGCAGAUGGCCGUCGAGAAGCUGCGCGAGGGCAUCUCCAAGUUCGCGGCCGACGCCGUCACGCUCAAGGACAUCCUGCGCAAGAAGAUUGAGGCGUAGGCAGUGAAACCGUGUGGGAUGGAAAGACAGCCGAUAUCGCUUCGCUGGGAGAGCGGAGAUGUCGGAACUGGCAAAAUUGCGAAUGGAUCCGACGAAUGAAUUGAUCUACUGUGUUUGGCUUGGUCGAGUGAAGCUUAGCUGCACGUGAAAUAGACUUUAAAUGGUAUAUUUAUCUCUUCUUCG